CGAACACCCGCCUUCGUCUCGCCUCCAUUCUCUCCACAAUGUCUCAGCCCACCGGUGAUAUUGGCCUUAUUGGUCUGGCCGUCAUGGGCCAAAACCUUAUCCUCAACAUGAACGACAAGGGCUUCAACGUCGUUGCUUACAACCGAACAGUAAGCAAGGUCGAUGAUUUCCUUGCAAACGAGGCGAAGGGGACGAAGGUCCAGGGCGCGCACUCCAUUGAGGAGCUUUGCGCCAAGCUCAAGACUCCCCGCAAGAUCAUUCUUCUCGUGAAAGCUGGCCCUGCAGUUGAUGCAUUCAUUGAGCAGCUGAUUCCCCACCUCGAGAAAGGUGACAUCAUUAUUGACGGUGGUAACUCGCACUACCCCGACUCCAUCCGCCGUGUGAAGGAGCUCGAGGCGAAGGGCUUCCUCUUUGUUGGCUCUGGUGUUUCCGGUGGUGAGGAGGGUGCUCGUUAUGGUCCCUCACUCAUGCCCGGUGGUUCCCCCGCUGCGUGGCCGGCGAUCAAGCAGAUCUUCCAGGCCACUGCUGCUCAGGUGAAUGGCGAGCCUUGCUGCGACUGGGUCGGUGAGAGUGGCGCUGGUCACUAUGUGAAGAUGGUUCACAACGGUAUCGAGUAUGGUGACAUGCAGCUCAUUGCUGAGGCAUACGACAUUCUCAAGCGUGGUCUUGGCCUGCCCGAAAGCGAGAUUGCGGACAUCUUCCUGAAGUGGAACACGGGUGUCCUCGACUCCUUCCUCAUCGACAUCACUGCGAACAUCCUGAAGUUCAAUGAUGACGACGGUGAGCCCAUGGUCAGCAAGAUUCUCGACCAGGCAGGUCAGAAGGGUACCGGAAAAUGGACGGCUAUCGCUGCCCUUGACGCUGGCAUGCCCGUGACCCUCAUUGGCGAGGCUGUCUUCGCUCGUUGCUUGUCCUCUCUCAAGGAGGAACGUGUACGUGCGAGCAAGGUUAUUAGCGGCCCACAAAAGGAGGAGUUCAAGGGCGACAAGAAGCAGUUCAUUGACGACCUCGAGCAGGCCCUGUAUGCGUCGAAGAUUAUCUCGUACGCUCAGGGCUUCAUGCUUAUGCGUGCGACCGCCAAGGAGCUAAACUGGAAACUCAACUAUGCUGGCAUCGCGCGCAUGUGGCGAGGAGGCUGCAUCAUCAAGAGUGUCUUCCUCGGUGAUAUCACUUCCGCGUACACGAAGAACGAGGAACUCGAAUCACUGCUGUUCGAUGACUUCUUCAACAAGGCCGUCCACAAGGCGCAGCCCGGCUGGCGACGCAUCAAUGCACAGGCUGUCCUCUGGGGUAUCCCCACGCCCGCCUUCAGCACUGCGCUUGCGUUCUUUGAUGGCUACAGGAGCGACGUCCUACCGGCGAACAUCCUCCAGGCUCAGCGUGACUACUUCGGUGCACACACGUUCCGAGUAUUGCCCGGCAAGGAGAACGCGAAGCUCCAGUCUGGCAAGGACAUCCACAUUAACUGGACGGGCCGUGGCGGUAACGUCUCCGCAAGCUCGUACGUUGCCUAAGUGUGCGCACCUGUCAUUAGAGCGAAGAAAGAAAGCUUGAAGAAGUUGUUCGCAUAGUGUGUAGACUUGUACACUCUCUUAGGGUCGAGGUACAUUGGGGUGUCUUGGCCGGAAAGAGAUCGCGACAUGUUGUAUCUGUUAGAACGCAAUGAAUCAGCUAAAGCAAAUCAGACGCAUGCAU